UUAUACCAUCAGCAUUUACGAGCGCUUGUUUGUAAAAGUGCAUUGAAACGAACAUUGAGGUUCAUUUUGUCUCCACAGUUGCAGGUCGUCAACCAAUAUAUAUAAGACGACUACAAAAAUGGCGGUAACAUGGAAGUUUCGGUGUUUGGUUUGGGUAAUGUUGUCUGGGUUUGUCACGGCGUAUGCUGCCAACUACUGCUGGGCCAGUGACGGAUCAUGGACGGUGAAAGCCGCUGCAGGCAUCUUCGCCGGUCUGUGCGGUCUAUCAACUAUGAUAGCUCUUCACAUCUCAACUCAACGUUGUUCCGAAACCCACACUUUGGCGACUCUAUUGGUCAAGUACUUGUUUUUCCAGAUUAUUGAUCUCACAGCGCCUUCAGUUUACAGCAACAUGCAAAAAAUCUGGAAACGUCCAAGGAAAGAGCAUGAGAGUUUUCUUCUGAAGCUGCUCGCCCGUGAUGCGAAGACGGAGUACGGCAUGAGACAUGGCUUCAGCGACAUCAAAUCUCUUCAAGAGUUCCGUGAGAAGCAUCCACUCACUAAGUAUGAACACUAUCGAGAUUACUUCACCAGGCUGGCUGACGGGGAAAAGAACGUCUGCGUUGCGGCAACACUGGAGCGAUUUGGAACUUCGUCUGGCACAACAGGAAAGGGCAAGCUUAUCCCAAUGGUCACUUCAAGUUAUUAUCACAAAGCAGGCAACGCUGUUUCAAGAUUACUCUAUCCAUCAGACUCAGUACAGAAAAUGGUCUUUCUUUACUCGAAGCCCGCGGAAAAAUUUACAAAAUCUGGCGCACGUAUUGCGCCAGUGUUGUUUUUCCCUGAUAGUACCGCCUCAAAUUUUCUUAUGUCCACUGUCCAGAACAUGCCGCCCAGUGGCUUCCAGAUUUCCUCCGAUUUCGAAGCCACUUACGUCAGCAUGCUCUUCGGUCUCACGGACAAAAAUAUCUGCCAGUUUUUUGGGGCUUUUACCUCGCAAGUCUACAGGGCAAUGAAAAUGCUGGAAGACGAACAGGAGAUGUUCCUGGAGGAUCUGACUCUAGGAAGGGUUAACCCGAAGUUACAGCUUGAUGAGGGAAUUCGACGGUCUCUGGACGCAGCUUUGACGGCAGACCCAGCUCGAGCAGACGAACUGAGGAGGGAGUUUGCAAAAGGCUUCGUGGGCAUCAUGCGUAGAAUCUGGCCUUUUGUUGCCCAUGUAUUGUCUGUCGACAUCUCUGGGUACAUAAAGAAGCUCGAUGCAAGAUAUACCAAAGGUGUCCCACUAUACACGUCAGGCUAUGGGUGCACAGAAGGGUUUAUUGGCGUUAAUACAUGGAAAGAUAAGACACCACAGCAGUACACGUUCCUCCCUAACGACAUGCUGAUUGAGUUAAUCCCAGAACAUCUGAGUUCCGAAGAGAACCCGGAGACGCUGUUAAUGGAUGAGGUCGAGGUUGGCAAACGGUACGAGAUAGCCAUGACGACCAUAUCUGGUUUUUACCGUUACCGUAUGGGUGAUGUGGUCGAGGUUGUGGAUUUCAUUGAGAGUUGCCCAGUGUUUACCGUUGCGUACAGAACUGGAGAGCUACUGAAUCUACGCAGUGAGAAGAUUAACAAACUGGUGGUCAACAAAGCCAUUCAAGAAAGCUUAGAAGGAUGGGAUGGAGCUACUCUAGUAGAAUGGACAUGCGCAGAGAGCCCACUUUUGCACGAUGACAAAAAUGGUGGUGCAUACGACAUGUAUUAUUUGCUUUUCGUUGAGCUCGAAUCAGACAAGGAGAUUCGAUUAUCUGCUGAUCAGAUGUCAAUGUUCGACAAAUCUCUGCGGAAACAGCACGAGUUCUACGAGCAGUACCGGAAAGUGGGCACAAUCUGCGAGGCUCGCGUUGCCGUCGUUCGCCCUGGCUCCUUCAAUAAACUGAAAGAUCACAUUAUAGCGACCUCUACGGCCAAUUAUAAUCAGUUUAAGAUGCCCAGAAAGUUGCGCACUAAGGCUCUUCUAGAUUUUCUGCAGGGCUGUGUAGAUUAGGCAAGUUCGGGUAUGAUGCGUACGGGCAUAUACCAAACACAUAUUGGUUUUAUUAAAUAGAUCCCUUACAGCGAAUUGAGUUGAAAUAGCAGAAUGGAAAAACGGAAACUAAAAGUGUAAUUUCACUAAGUUCAUAUGUAUAGUCGGCUGAUCGUUCAUUAGGUGUAAUCAUGUAACAGUAUUACCUCUGGCUGACGAAUUGCAACUAUACCCAGCCCUUAUUAUUUUGUGCGCUCAAAAUCAUAACGCGCAAAAGAAACGAUUUGGUGCGCUAGAAAUAAAUUAUUGUGAAAGCUCAAAAACAAAAUAUUUGAGGCAUUCGGAGUUUAAAGACACUGGACACUAUUGGU